UGGUGUUUGCUCGUGAAAUUAGGUGGCAAUACAUUCCUAUAUACUGCUCCGAGGAGAGGGCGCGCCACGGGAACGCGCUUUGGGUUUUCUUUAAAAUAUCAGGCAUAAGCCUAACAUUAUGAGGUGCAGCCAUGGCAGGCAAGGGUAAGACAGCGGCGAGGACGCUGGAGGAUUUAACGCUCGAUUCCGGUUAUGGUGGAGCAGCGGAUUCCUUCAGGUCGUCCAGCGUGUCGCUCUGUUGCUCGGACACGCAUCUUUCGUACGCGCAUGGGGGCAACUGCUGGCAUCUGACUGAAUCCAUGCACAGCAGACACAACAGUUUGGACACGGUCAACACCGUCCUGGCGGAAGACACGGAGAUCCUGGAGUGCUCGGGCCAGUGCGCUAAACUGCCCGAGCUGGAGGAGGACGUGCCGUGGAGUCUUGGAGAGGUGGAAGGCGCGCUGCGCAAAGACGAGGAGCUGUGCGUGGGGAACGCGUCGCGGGAGAUCCUAGCCAAGCUCUCCGCGCUGGUCAGCCGCACGCUGGUGAGGAUCGCCCGGGAGGCUCAGCGCCUGAGCCUGCGUUACGCAAGAUGCACGAAGCACGAGAUCCAGAGCGCCAUCAAAAUGGUCCUCUCGUGGACCAUCUCCGUGAACUGCAUCACUGCGGCGCUCAGCGCGCUGUCGCUUUACAACAUGAGCACGGGUGAUAAGUUCAGCAGGGGCAAAAAUGCCCGAUGCGGACUCGUCUUCUCCGUAGGGAAGUUCUUCAGGUGGAUGGUGGAUAGCCGGGUGGCCCUGCGCAUCCAUGAGCACGCGGCGAUCUACCUGUGCGCCUGUAUGGAGAGCCUGUUCAGAGAGCUGUUCAUCCGUGUGCAGAGGAGCGCGCUGGUGGAGAAGGAGAACGGAGUGCCAAAGUUUUCAGUGGAGUCCCUGGAACAGGCCAUAAAUAACGAUUCGGAGCUGUGGGGUCUCUUGCAGCCGUACCAGCACCUCAUUUGUGGCAAGAACGCAAGCGGUGUACUGAGCCUGCCGGACAGUCUGAACCUGCACCGUGACCAGCAGCGAGCAGGGAAAACCGGAGAGGGCCAUGCCUACAGCCAGGCUGAACUCCGCACCAUUGAACAGUCCCUCCUGGCGACCCGUGUGGGGAGCAUUGCAGAGCUCAGUGACCUGGUGUCUCGAGCCAUGCAUCAACUUCAGCCUCUGCACAUCAUGAACCCCAGCAAUGGAACGCCCGUACACGAGAACCGCACCGGCACCCUGCACUGGGAACCGGAAGCCCUCUACACGCUCUGCUACUUCAUGCACUGUCCUCAGAUGGAGUGGGAAAACCCUAAUGUUGAACCCUCAAAGAUUACCCUGCAUACUGAGAGGCCGUUCCUGGUCCUGCCUCCACUGAUGGAAUGGAUCCGGGUGGCCGUGGCGCACACAGAACACCGCCGAAGCUUCUCUGUGGACAGUGAUGAUGUACGUCAGGCAGCCCGACUGCUGUUACCCGGGGUGGACUGUGAGCCGCGGCAGCUGAAAGCAGAUGACUGCUUCUGUACCACAAGGAAACUGGACGCUGCAUCCACAGAAGCAAAAUUCCUGCAGGACCUGGGCUUCCGGAUGCUCAACUGUGGACGAACUGACCUGGUCAAGCAAGCAGUCAAUCUGCUCGGGCCAGAUGGCAUUAACAGUAUGAGUGAACAGGGCAUGACCCCUCUCAUGUACGCGUGCGUCCGUGGGGACGAGGCCAUGGUGCAAAUGCUGCUGGACGCUGGGGCAGACAUUAACAGUGAGGUGCCCAGCUCACUACACAAGCACCCCUCAGUUUAUCCUGACACCAGGCAGGGGACUCCACUCACAUUCGCCGUGUUACACGGACACGUCCCUGUCGUGCAGCUUCUACUGGAUGCCAGAGCUAACGCGGAGGGAGCGGUUCAAGAAGGCACAGAGAAUUACACUGAGACGCCACUUCAAUUGGCGUCUGCGGCAGGCAACUUUGAGCUGGUCAGUCUGCUUUUGGAAAGGGGAGCAGACCCUUUGAUUGGCACCACUUACCGUAAUGGCAUUUCCUCUGGUCCGCUGGGUGAAAUGAACUCAUACAGCCUGGCAGCAGCACAUGGACACAGGAACGUGUUCCGGAAGCUUCUGUCCCAGGUGGAAAAGGACAAGGGGGACGUGCUGUCUCUGGAGGAGAUCCUAGCUGAGGGCUCAGAGGUCGUAGAGAGGAGAGCACCACAGAACGAAGGCACCCUCCGGACAGGCAAGGCCAAACUAAGAGCCCUCCGCGAGGCCAUGUACCACAGUGCCGAGCACGGCCACGUGGACAUUACCAUAGACAUCCGCAGCCUGGGCGUGCCGUGGACCCUGCACACGUGGCUGGAGUCCCUGCGGACGUGUUUCGUGCAGCAGCGGCGGCCGCUGAUCCAAGGCCUGCUGAAGGACUUCACCUGCAUUAAAGAAGACGAGUACACAGAGGAACUUAUCACGCACGGACUGCCACUCAUGUUCCAGAUCCUUCGAGCCAGCAAGAAUGAGGUGAUCAGCCAGCAGCUGUCAGUAAUCUUUACCCAAUGCUACGGGCCUUUCCCAAUCCCCAAACUCACAGAGAUCAAAAAGAAGCAAACGUCACGUUUGGAUCCACACUUUCUCAACAAUAAAGAGAUGUCUGACGUGACGUUUCUGGUGGAAGGAAAGCCCUUUUAUGCCCAUAAAGUGCUGCUCUUUACUGCCUCAGCAAGGUUUAAGUCUCUGCUCUCUAACAGACCAGCAGCUGAGAACACGUGCAUCGAGAUCAGUCAUGUCAAGUACAACAUUUUUCAGCUGGUAAUGCAGUACCUCUACUGUGGCGGCACUGAGUCACUGCACAUCAGGAACACUGAAAUUAUGGAGCUCCUGUCUUCAGCCAAAUUCUUCCAACUUGAGGCUCUCCAAAGACACUGUGAAAUCAUCUGCUCCAAGAACAUCACGACCGACACCUGCGUGGACAUAUACAAACAUGCCAAGUUCCUGGGGGCCUUGGAGCUGGCAGCCUUCAUCGAGGGCUACUUCCUGAAGAACAUGGUGCUCCUGAUCGAGCUGGAGAACUUUAAGCAGCUACUGUAUGAGGUUCCUGCGGAGAGCCCCGGUCCAGGCCCGUCCUACGACGUCCUCCAUGACCUCGAGAGAACCCUGGCCCUGCGCAUCCGCUCCAUCCAUCUCUCAACCUCCAAGGGCUCCAUCGUGUGACACGUUCUCCAUGCUCAUGCCAACUGUUCCUUACAGCGGUUUCAUCAAGAGCUCCAUUAUUGUGUGCCAACCACUUGGAGACAUUUCAAACAUCACCGCCGACAUGACAAGCACCUGCCCGACGGGAUGAACUGUAGGGAAG